UUCUACUGGCUGCUGUGUGUUCUCGCCCCUCCCCUUCUCUCUCCCUGUGUGAGUCAAUGAUCAGAAUUCCAUGUGGGCAGGAGGCACAGAUAUCGGUUGUUUUUUCAUACUGGGAUUGCCUGGCGCUGCUAUCAGCUUUUAGGUGUGUGCCCUGGAUUGAAUGAGUAUGCGAAUCCUUUCCCACUGAGCCGUUCCCAGCCAGAUCUGCAUUUAAGUGCAAGGUACAUGCCAAGAUGCUCGUGGCUGUUCCUGUUGCUUUUGUGUUCCUAAGCUUGCUGCUGAAAUGUAUGGGACAAUGCGAGGAAGCAGCCAAAAUGGCAGAAAUGGAUUUGAAUAUAAAGCACAACCUCCAGAGUUUCACUACAGAUACACCAAUACAAAAUAUUAUCAUGUUUAAGGGCUACAUAUAUGUGGGAGCAGUGAAUAAGAUUUAUGUCUUGAAUGAAAAUCUUACAAAGGUUUCUGAGUAUAAAACAGGUCCAUUAUUGGUACAUUCUCAUUGUUUGCCAUGUAAAAACUGCACGGAUAAUUUUCUGUCCCCAAAUGGCACCUGGAAAGACAACGUUAAUAUGGCUCUGUUUGUGGAGGAUUUCUAUGAUGACCAGCUCAUUAGUUGUGGAAAUAUACGUAGAGGUGAAUGUCAGCGUCAUACUUUGCAUUCUGAUAAACCCUGGGAUAUAGCAAGUAAUGUUCAUUGCUUAUAUUCAUCACAAAUGAUAGAAGAUAAAGACAAUUGUCCUGACUGCAUUGUUAGUACAACAGGAAGCAAGAUCCUGGUAACAGUGAGAGACAGGUUUGUAAAGUUUUUUGUGGGUAGCACACUAACAGGACAACCUUCGACGAUUCAUUCUGUGUCAGUGCGUAGACUGAAGGAGACCCAGGAUGGCUUUGAAUACCUCACAGAUCAGUCAUACAUAGAUGUACUACCCCAGCUCAGAGAUAUAUAUCCCAUUAAAUAUAUUUAUACAUUUGAAAGUAACAAUUUUGUUUACUUUUUAACUGUACAGCGAGAGUCCAUUGACUCUCAGGCCUAUCACACUAGAAUUGUGAGGGUCUGUUCUUCAGACUCUGAGUUGCGCUCCUAUAUUGAGAUGCCCCUGGAGUGUAUUUUUACUGAAAAACGAAGAAAAAGGUCUACCGCUGGUGCAGUUUUUAAUAUUUUACAAGCAGCAUACUUAGGCAGAGCUGGUGAAGAUUUGGCAGAAGAGAUGGGCGUCAAACCAGAUGAUGAUAUACUUUAUGCUGUCUUCGCCCAAAGCAAACUUGACUCUUCUGAGGCAAACAACAGGUCAGCUGUCUGUGCUGUGUCUGUGAAAACCAUCAAUGAAUUCUUCAACAACGCUGCAGACAAGCAAAACACCAAGUGUCUUGAGCAUUUUUAUGAAAAAGACAACAGAUUAUGCAUUAACAACAAGAAAUUCUUGAGAAAUGCUUCCUAUUGCUCAACACCGAUUGAUGAAUAUCGAGUAGAAGUCACCACUGUAUUACGGCGCCUUGACUUGUUUAUGGAUCAAUUUCGCAAUGUGUUGCUAACAUCAAUCUCUGUCUUUACACAAGGACGUCUCACCAUUGCCAAUUUGGGAACAUCUGAGGGGCGAUUCAUGCAGGUUGUUAUCUCACGCACUGGUCAGCCAAAGCCCCAUGUUAAUUUUCUACUUGAACCAAGGCCAGUUUCUCCAGAAGUUGUCAUUAAUCCAGCAUCAGAGGAAAGUGGAUAUACUUUGGUUAACACCGGAAUGCAAUUAACAAAGGUACCUCUAGUGGUUCUUACAUGUGGACAUCUGAAAUCAUGCAGCCAUUGCCUUUCGUCUCCCUCUGUGAAUUGUGGUUGGUGCAAGAAUCGCUGUACCAGAAAACAGGAGUGUUUAAAUGAAGAAUGGAUUCAAGAAACCUGUCCUCCUGCAGUUUAUGAGGUCUUCCCCUCCUCAGCUCCAUUAGAGGGUGGCACUCAGUUAACCAUAUGUGGAUCUGAUUUUGUCCUGAGCAAAAAUAAUAAUUUCGAUUUGAAAAACACUAUGGUAAUAAUUGGCAAAAAGCGUUGCAAGAUAGAAGGGAAAUUCAGCAACCAAAACAAGUUGGUGUGUAGAAUUGAUUCCUCUGCCAGCAGUGUGUUUAACAUAAGCAGCAGUGUCUCCAAUGGAAAGCAGGUGGUCAACUUCACCACUUUCUCCUAUGUGAACCCCAUUAUAACAAGCAUCAUGCCUUCUCAUGGGCCAAAGGCAGGAAGAACUUUGAUUACUAUGAAGGGUCAAUACUUAAAUAGUGGGAAAGAACAGAAAGUUAUUAUUGGCAAGGAAAUGUGUAAAAUUAAAAGUGUAUCCAGUGCAGCUAUAGAGUGUUACACACCAGUGCAGAGAACCACAGGAACAUAUCUGGUUGCACUGAAGAUAGACAACGCAGAUCGGGAAUCAAGCACUAGAUUUACUUACAUGGAGGAUCCUAGUGUUUCUAAUAUCAAGCCAGUGAAAUCUUUUCUUAGUGGAGGAAGCUCCAUUACUGCCUAUGGAAGGAACCUAAAUGCUGUAGCUUCACCUCAAAUGGUAAUUCGUUUGUCCAAACCAGAACUAAGCUACAACAUGUCUUGUAUCCACAGAUCUACUUCAGAAUUAAUUUGCUGUUCAACUCCCUCCCUGAAAGAGUUGAAUCUGGAGCCACCAAUUACCACGCAGGUUUUUUUCAUUCUAGAUGGUGUCAUCUCUAAUUAUUUUGAAUUAAGUUAUGUGAACAAUCCCAUCUUUGAGACGUUUGAAAAACCUGUUGUUUUUCCAAUUGGAAAUAAGAAUAUCCUAGAAAUUAAGGGAGAUCAUAUUGAUUCUGAAGCAGUUAGAGGUGAAGUUCUGAAAGUUGGCAAUAAGAGCUGUGAAAUUAUUCAAUCUAAAUCAGAUUCUGUUUCCUGCUCGGUUCCCACGGACCUGUUUAAAUCCAACAGCGAGUUAAAGAUAGAGUUCUUGCAAGGAGUCUCCUCCAUAAUUAUCGGAAAAGUGAUGGUUACACAGGAUCAGAAUUUUACAGGAAUAAUCACCGGAGUUGUGUCUUGUGUGGUUUUGCUAUUAAUAAUAUUUGGAGUUCUAAUAUGGAUGAAAAAGCGAAAGCAACUGAAAGAUCUAGGUGGAGAUAUGGUCCUUUAUGAUGGAAGAGUGCAUACCCCUCACUUGGAUAGACUUGUGAGUGCCAGAAGCAUUAGUCCAACCACAGAAAUGGUGUCAAGUGAAUCUGUUGAUUACAGAUCAACAGUGCAAGAAGAUCCGUUUCCAAAUUCAUCUCAGAAUGGGUCAUGCCGCCCAGCACAGUAUGCUCAUCGGGACCUCUCCCCCAUUUUGUCAAGUGGAGAUUCAGAUAUUGCCAGCCCCCUCCUACAUUCAUAUGUCCAUAUCGAUAUAAGUGCCUUGAGCACAGAUCUUAUGAAGGAAGUAGAACACAUGGUUAUUCGAGUGGACAGACUUAUAGUGCACUUUAACAAAGUUAUUGGAAGAGGGCAUUUUGGCUGUGUCUAUCAUGGUACUCUUCUGGAUAUAGAUGGAAAGAAUGUCCACUGUGCUGUUAAAUCUCUUAACAGAAUUACAGAUAUUGAGGAAGUGUCACAGUUCUUGAAGGAAGGAAUCAUAAUGAAAGAUUUCAGCCAUCCCAAUGUCCUCUCUCUGCUGGGCAUCUGUCUGCCUAAUGAGGGCUCUCCUUUAGUAGUGUUGCCAUUUAUGAAACAUGGAGAUCUGAGAAACUUCAUCCGAAAUGAAACUCAUAACCCAACCGUAAAAGAUCUUAUAGGAUUUGGACUACAAGUUGCUAAAGGUAUGGAGUAUCUUGCAAGCAAGAAGUUUGUCCACAGAGAUCUGGCUGCAAGGAACUGUAUGCUUGAUGAACACUUCACUGUAAAGGUGGCUGACUUUGGCCUUGCUAGAGAUGUUUAUGACAAGGAGUACUACAGCGUCCACAAUAAAACAGGAGCAAAAUUGCCAGUGAAAUGGAUGGCACUGGAGAGCCUGCAAACACAAAAAUUCACUACAAAAUCUGAUGUGUGGUCAUUUGGAAUCUUGCUGUGGGAACUUAUGACAAGAGGAGCACCUCCUUAUCCUGAUGUCAAUUCUUUUGAUAUAACCAUUUAUUUGCUUCAAGGACGAAGACUAUUGCAGCCUGAAUAUUGCCCAGAUCCAUUAUUUGAAGUAAUGUUGAAAUGCUGGCAUCCAAGACCAGAGCUACGUCCAACUUUUUCUGAACUGGUCUCGAGAAUUUCUUCGAUAUUUUCAACCUUCAUAGGGGAACACUAUGUACUUUUUAAUGCAACCUAUGUGAACAUAAAAUGUGCUGCUCCCUACCCUUCUCUUCUGUCUCCAGAAGACAACACUGAAUGCAGUAUAGAUACGUGACUACAAGAUAACUGGGACUGAAUGUGAAAUUUUAGUCUUUUAUCUGUGUAGGAGAAAAUGUAUUGCUCCGUACCUCUUCGGUGUUUCAUGGCAGUGCUGUUGGAUACAUUCUCUGUUUUUCUUUCAUUGCACUAUAAGAUUUUCCUGGUCUCAACCAUACAGAUUGCUCUAAUGAAGAUGGUACACAGUAAUUAUUGUCACAUUUUAUAAAGAUGAAGAUAACAGGGAAUUUAGCUCUGGAUUUCUGCUAGUCAUAUGUUAAACCUGUUGAAUCGUUUUGUGGAAGAAAUAGCAGCCUCUUUUAUGUUACUGCAAGCUACAUUUUGCCUAUAUUUCUUUCCCUUUUAAUGUGAGGUCUUAACCUGCUGAAUUCAUUUUUGUAUUGCACUUUUUUGUCAAGUUAUUGUUAAAAAUCUGUACACUAUUGUAAUAUAACAUCAAACUUGCAGUUAUUCAGGUUGACUAUCCAGUAUACUUCUGGGCUAGCCAGUAGGUUCUUAUACACUGGCAAUGUGUUUCUGUGUAAUUAUGGAUGCACCAAUCCAUAUUAUUACUGUCAUUCCCCUAAAAUAUUCCGCAUACAAAUCUGCACUUAAUAUCAAGUCCAGUCAAUCUUAAAGCAAGUUUUGUACAUAUACUGAAGCUCAUGUUGGUCUCUAUGUUUUAUAAUUCUUAAUUGACAGACAAAAGUAAUGGGACUAGUUGGUGCUGUGGUGAUAGGAAUGACUGAUCAAAGCAGCUAUAGGGUUACACAUUUUGUAUGGCAAAUACAAGAUAGGAGGCACAGAAAAAUGCUAUAGUUGCUGGCAAUAAAAUCAGAUGGACACUAUGUGCAAAGAUAUUUUAUGUCAUGUCAAAACAAGCACUUUCUAUACAUACAGGUAUGAUUUUAAAAAAUCUUAGUUUUAAACAGGUUUUAUAAUAUUUGCUAACACUACUGUUUUCCGAUUUAUACUUGUCUGAAUAAGCAUAGGUGACAUAUAUUAUUACACAAUGCUCCUGUCUAAAUUCUAAUUAGAAUGAAGGUGAUCACACACAGCCAACUUGACUGCCUAAUAAUGCCUGUUUGGCCAUACAUAUGGAGGGUCAUAUUGGAGUUUUAUAGAGAACCAACAGGGGCCCAACAAGUCCAGGAUUAUACACAGAGGUCAAUGCAAUCAUUGUAUGAUUCACUGUUGUAAUUUGCAGAAUUAAAAAUAUUUUCUGAUUUAAUGGGGUUUAGCCAGUUGUAUGCCAUCUAGUAACUACCUCAUAGUGAUUUGAUGCAGUAAUGUGAGCCACAACCAGCUAAAUGCCUGAGUGGCAUAUCUGUCUUUAGGGUCUUGUCUUUUCAUCAACUGUACAGUGUAACAGGGAUGGAACCUUGAUCUGACAUUAAUUCUUUUACCUGAUAACAGACAGCGUUCUUUGCCCAGUGAGGGAAGUUUACUACAUUUAUUGCAAGUCACAUUAGUUUAAUAGCUUUCUUAUAAAAUAUUCACCUAUUCAGAUAGGUAUUGUCAAUGCCUGAUCAUUACUAAAAUAAAUGUUUAUUUGUACUUUUAAAGCAAGCUUUGUCUUUGAGAUUAGGCAAUUUACUAGAGGUUAUAUACUUCUUUGGAACUGCCCCGUUGCACAUUAUUGUCAUGCAGUCUUGUCAUGCUUUCUGUAGCAACAUUUAACUUUAUGACAUUCCAUUUCAUUCCUAAGGCUGGGAAGAAUUCUUGCAAACUUGUUUAUUUUACAGUCACCCAUGAAAUCCACGCAACUGGUAUAUGGCUUCAUGGCUCUAAUGGCAGUUUUGACUGCAAGUCAGUCGUGGGAAGAGAUUGAGAGUGUAUGUGCACAGCAUCAUUCAAACCAAGCAGAAGGUAACAUUAGCCUAAGCAGAGAGGGGAGUGCCUACUGCUUCUUCCUGGUGUAGCUAAAGCAGUGGGACUGCUGCUGAGGUUUAUACAUUUUGUAAAAUGUAUUACACUCAUUUCUGAUAAAUUUCAAGCUAGAUUCAGAUGCAGAUAUCCUUGUUGUAGUGUGUUAGGAUUCUGGUAAUGUAGAUCCAUUGAGUGUGCUAUAAAAGAAAAUUCAGCAUGACUUCUUUGCAAGUUGGUCAGUGGGCAGUGCCUAAGUAGGAGUUAGAAAGAACGGUCCAUUCUAGCAUCAGUGUGAAUACUAGCAAAUCUAUCACGUUUGCUGUGUGAGUCAAACCAGUGACUAGUUAUAAUGUUUGUUCCUGUGGAAUCUUUUGCUUAAUGCUGUACAGUUUAUUGGUGUUGGAUGUAACUGGAAUUGUUCAUUUCUUGUAUGUAUCACUAUUAAAGUUUUAUAUUUUUAUAAAUAAAUGUUUAUUUUUAAUGCUGUAUACAAGGUUAAUCUAAUAAUCUGAAACUGCUCAAAGAAAGAGUGAAAAUGUUUGUGUCAUUUUGAUUUCAAAAGUAUGAUUAAAGUUUUAAGAAACAUGUUAAAAA